UAAAUCCUCACUUCCCUACAAAACUGCUGCAGACCCUGUCUCCUAAGGCAGCCCUGGAAAAAGCAUCGGUGCCUGCGUAAAUGUGAUGCCAUGCCAGAACUGUUCAUGGCUUGUUAACUAACGUCUACCCACCCCUGGAAACACCUAGCCACUCCCUUUGUCCUCACCUGUCCUAGCCACUUAUAGCAGUGAUAGGAUGAUAGAUAUAGAGACACACCAAAUCCAUCAGACACCGCAAACAAAAGGAGUUUUGGAACUGAUUUGCAAAGGAGAUACUUUCUAGCUCACAGCAGCGAGGCAGCAUGAAAACCCUUAGGUGCACUUCAAGGUAUACCAAAUGUUUUCUCUUCUUCAACUUUUUUGUGGGAGUCACCCUUUUUGGAUUCUUCCAUACAACUAGUAAAAAUCUAUUCUGGAGGAGCUCCACAGAGUUGCUGAUGACUCCCAGACCGUGUCACGCCAAAACCAACGUCAUGUUCCUGAAGACCCACAAGACUGCCAGCAGCACCGUCCUGAACAUCCUGUUUCGGUUCACAGAGAAGCAUAACCUCACCAUCGCCCUCCCAGCUGACCAGCGCUUCCACCUGGGUUACCCGGAGAGAUUCAACACCAGCUUUGUGGAGAAACUUCAAAACAAAAUGCAAAACUACAACAUCAUGGGCAACCACCUGCGGUUUAACCCGUCAGAGGUGCAUAAGGUGAUGGCAGGGGACACCUUCUACUUCUCCAUCCUGAGGAACCCCAUUUUUCUGCUGGAAUCUUCCUACGUCUACUACAAGAACAUGGUCCCUGCCUUCAAUAGAUCCAAGGACGUGAAUGAGUACCUGGCAUCACCCUUGAAAUAUUACCGUGAGGAGGAUUACAAGAAAAACAUCUAUGCCAAGAAUAUCAUGUGGUUUGACUUUGGCUAUGAUAACAAUGCAGAGGACAACAAAAACUACACCCAGGAGGUCUUAAAGGACAUUGAACAGAACUUCCACCUGAUCUUGAUAGCAGACUACUUUGAUGAGUCCAUGAUCCUCCUGAAGCACACUUUGUGCUGGGAUCUAGAUGAUGUGAUCUAUUUUAAGCUCAAUUCCAGAAGCAAUGACACUGUCCAGACCCUGACUGCAGAAAGCAGGGAGAGGAUAAAGACGUGGUGCUCGCUCGACUGGAACCUCUACCUGCACUUCAACCAGAGCUUCUGGAGGAGAAUUGAGGAGACCAUAGGACUCGAGGAGCUGGAGAAAGAGGUAAAUCACCUGCGGAUGAGACAGAAGGAGCUCAUGGAGACCUGCCUCUUGGGCCAAGAGGCUGUGGUGAAGACUCGCAUCAAGGACAAAACUUUCUUGCCUUUUCAGUCGGGGGAUGCAAAUAUCCUCGGGUACAACAUCAGACCAGACUUAAGCAACAAGACUCUGAAAAACUGCCAGAAAAUUAUUACGCCAGAACUCCAGUACAUGUCCUAUCUUUACUCCCGUCAGCACCCACACAAGAAGAGGAAGCCAUUAAACCGUGCCUUGCCGUGGAACAGUUCCCUGGAGAAGACACAGGUUCCACGACAAAACUAGAGCGUGUGCCAGCUCCUGCAGCAUCCCACUGCUAUGGCCCUUUGCAUCGCUGGGGUUUGGCGAUGAGACUCUUGGACACAAGGGGGAGACUGGGGAGUGGGGGUCAUUUGAGAGCUACCUCCACUCUCUGGCUUUUAUUUUAUGGAAAACAAAAGAAAACAAAGCAAAACUUUUAUUUAUUUA